AAUGCGGUGCACCAAGUGAAUCUAUUUUUGUUGUCUCUUAGUCUUACGGUAUUUUUAUCUGCUCGAACUGGAGUUUAGUGACUAUCUGGUGUCGACUUGAAGAUGUCUAAUAAAGAUCUGGAGAAGCUGCAGCUAUUGUUGCGAAAGGAAAUACAAACCCAUCAGAUACUUGUGACAAAGAUCAGGAGUGAACCAAAUAAUGUAGAACUGCGUAAGAACCUUCAAGACCAGCAGGCAAAGAUUACUUCUCUCAGUGAAAAGCAGAAAAAAGUUGUUGAACAGCUGCGCUCUGAUCUUGGUGUGAGGAAACCGUUGGCACAACAUGAAGGGGUACAUAAAAUCACACAACUUCAAAUCAGUGCACAGCCCCUGACAACAUCACAACACCUCAACAUCCCUAAUCGUGUGAAGGCCAACAUGCUCGGCAAUCCAACCACUAAGCAACAAGUAGCACCUGCAACCAUCCAUACCACCACCACCACUGCCAUGCCCAUUACCGGUGGAGGAGGGGGAGGGGGCGCCCAGCACACCCCUUCCACCCCCACUCGACUGUCCAUCCUCACAAACAAACCAUCAGUGAUUAGCAUCAAGGUGCCAAAUAUCACCAAUCGGUUGAACUCCGUGGUGAAGAGACCAACUUCACAGAACUUGUCUAAGGAACUUGACUAUAUGGCAAAGCAAUACAAGCGUCAAUUUCUUUCUACGAGACCUAAAGACAAUCCACUGCCCUCAUCAAUAUCAAGUAUCGCCAUCUCUCAGUCAUCAACGUCAUCCUCUUCUACAAGUUUUACGACAAGCUGCCAGAAGAAGCCUCUAACUGCCGAAGAAACAAAACUUGAAUUCAUGGCGUCCAUUGGCCUGGUCACCCCAAAGACGGCACAGACAUUACAGAGUAAGAGAUCAGAAAGGAAAAGAAGAAGUACUGCUAAUCCACAGUUCUCAAAGUUUGACAAACAUGAAUUAGAAAGUCGGAGAUCGGCCACAAGUUAUCUAGCUGCUGCAAACGGAUGGUCAGGAGAGAAGAGAAGAAAAGCUGCCAGACCUGCAAGGUUUGCAGAUGGUGCUGGGUCGGAAAAUGUAGGAGUCAAUGGUGUUCCUAAACAAGAGUCUGAUGGCCAUGAGGAUAUAUGUGCAGUAUGCAGGCAGAUCGGAGAGCUAUUGAUGUGUGAUACCUGUAACCUUGUCUAUCACCUGGGCUGCCUUGACCCGCCCCUCUCCUCAGUACCCCCAGGAGCCUGGAGCUGUCCUCAAUGCAAGUUAAAAGGCAAAGACAAACCGGAGAACUGGCAAGGGACCUUGGCCGUCGUGCAUGCCUUCUUAUCCCACAAGCAGUCGAUGGAAGAUGAGAAGAAGAAACUUGGUCGGCGGGCAGCAGAGCUCAGGAUGCAGAGGGUUCAACUAGAGGAAAAAGCUAAACAUCUCAAUGAUGCUAUCACAAAACAAAGCAAAGCUAAUGAAUCCCUGAUGACGUCCUUCCGCAAGACGGAAUCAACGAUCACCCAACUCAAAGACUUCCUAUCAAGCUUUCAGGUCAAGACAGAACCCAUGGACAGCCAAUAACAAAGACCAUGAUCAGCAUAGAUUUGUAUGAUUUUUAUAUCAGUUCUAUUUUAAAGUCAUAUGCAUUGGGGAUUCGGUUUCACAAGGCCAUAACCCUGGAUUGUCCAUAGCCAACGGGACCCUGAGCCAUGAAAGAUCAAUGGCAAUUACAAUCGAUUACAAUUGCCAUGUACUAAUACAUAAUAGGGACAGGUUCCUCUAAUGUGUGUUUCAAUGGGGGACUAUUUUUCAAGUGAAACAUAUCCUAUGGUCCGUAUAGGCAGGUCUUUGCCAAAUUUGGUUUGACUGUUAGACCAUGCAGAGCAAUAGAUUAAGUGAGAUCAGAGACCUAGUGGCGCCAAAUAGCAGUGGACCAUCAAAUUGCCCUGAAAUAGGCAGGAAUAAUGUGUAUGACGUUUGAAUGAAUAGAACUUCAUGUAAACCUGGGGAGUGUUCCAUCAAUAUUUUUGUACGACAUUUUGUCAGGUCUGACAACCUUCAUUGAGUCUGAUUGGCUAAGAGGCACUGUUACUAUGGUGACUGUCGGGUAAAACAGCACUUGUCGGAUAAAACGUCCGACAAGUAUUUUCAUGAAAUGCUCCCCAGGUGAACAUGAAGACGAGGGGGGCAUUUCAUGAAACAAAUAAGUCUGAUUUUCACCAACUUUUUGUUAUAAGCUACUGAAAUCCUUGCAUCUGAUUGGCUGAGAGCAAAUUUGUCAGUGAAAAUCACUGGCAAGAUCCUUUAUGAAACACUCCCCUGAAUUAUGGCCUUUUAUCGCUCUAACAAUCUCCUAUCAGAUCUUGUUUUAUCGAAUCGCCAUUGCAUGCAGUCUGCCUAAAUCUGUCUUUUUCUACAACUCAAAUAAGAUAAUAACUUUGAGAUGUAAUGUGAGGUGUGCUUUUUGAUAAUGUUUCAUCAAUGAAACCAUGUAAUGAGUUAUACAAGGAGACUUGAAGUAUCGAGGUGUAUUUUCAAGCCUAUCUAGGAUUUUUAGUACUUAUAUUUUUUGCUAUGGCUGGUGACACACCUUGAGGUGUUGGGCUUGGUGGGGGGGGGGGGAUGCCUUCUCAUCUACUUUUCCCUUCCUCUUUCAAUCUUGGUAAAGCAAAUAGUUGCAUCAGUGGUUUACCUAACUUUAGUAUGGCAAGCACAUUCAAGCUUAUCUUGAAAAAUUAUUUCAAAACUCACCAACAGAAUAUGGGGCUGUUUCAAAAAGAGAUAUGUCUGAUUUAGAGUCGUGCAUAAGGGCCAACCUGCACAUAAGCAUUAUCCUUGAUCACACACUUUUUUAAUAGCCUAUUGCGUCACUUGGCUCUCUACUUUAAAUUGAUUUAAAAUCAAUUCAGUCUUUAUUAAAACGUACCCAUAUUAUCAGUACAACAUACAUUUUGCAUAAUAUCACAGUUUCUAUUACAAUGGGUCAACAUGUUAUUAAAAAAGUGUCAGUCCCACAAGGCUAAGUACUUGGGCCAUUUCUUUUCUCUGUAUGAUCGCAAUGAAGCGUUAUCUUCCCAGGAGUGUGAGUCGGGUUAGUGUUCUAUUGGUUUCUUUUGCUUUGCUUUACGGGUUUUGGAUUGCUGUGAUGCUUGUAAAAAUUGUGUUUCUUAUCAGUUUCCUUGGCAACCAAAUUGUGGUGCACAAUCUUGUUUUUAGUUUGCAUGAAUUGUUGCUUUGAAGCCUUUACACCCUUCGCAUUGCUUUAAGCCAAACACUCAAAGGACAACCUUUUUUUUAUCAUGAGGAGUUUUCAAUUUGUUUUGCCAAAUUUUGAUUUCUUGCCCAAAGCCAAUCCCACUGUCGCCUGAUACCCCUCAACCAGUAUAUUGUUUGUGACACAUGAAUGUACUAUUGUUUGUGUACUACAUGAUAUCGUUAUGAUUUUCAAAGCACAUGGUUAGUGCUUUAUCAUCCCCUAAAAUAUUUGAUGACUAAUACUUCCCUUGAUUACAGAAAAAAAGUUGAAAAAGGUAAUUUUGACCUUUUUUAGAAAUGUAUAAACAAAAUAUUAUAGUUAACUCAUCAUAUUAUCUUACUUUUCUGAUACAAAUAUAACCUGAUGAAUGAUUUCAAUGGAAUGUGCAAUAUAUCCUUGUAUGAGGAUUCCCUGUUAUAUAAUCUAUAUACCUACCACAGGAAGUGGUACUCUUAGGACAAAAAGGGGGUUUGAUUGUGAUUAUGUCAUUGUCCAUGUCUGUGCCUAUUCUUAAUGGAAACAGUACAGUUUACAAUCUCAAAAAGGGAUUUCAGCUGGAAUGCAGCCAUGUGCCAGCUGGUUCCAGUUCAGUAAUUGUUGGCUCCUAAUGGUAUCAUAUAUGAUGUGAGAUUUACUUACCCGAUCAUAAGGUGAACUCUAAGUGUCUCACAAUUUGAAUCUUUUCCUUGAGACUAAUGGAUGUACAAUGUUAGUAUGAAUAUACUGAAAUUGAAUUUCCAAGUGAGAUGACAAAUUUUAGAAAAUCAUUUUCUAGUAAGUUUAGUAAAUUGUAUAAUCAUUAAGUGAUUGUAGGUUAUGAAAUGAAUCUAAAGAUUUUUUAAUGAGUCUAAAGGGUUAUGAUGUUUAACAUCUUUUGAGGAAAACUUGGUAAGAUUGUUUUCACCAUAAUCAAAGUUUUUGUUGUAAUCCUUUCGUCAUCUGACACUGUUUCUGAUGUUGUUUUUCUGCACCAUUCAUCCAUACCACAUUUUGUUUUCAACUUUGCUCAUCAGUGAAUGGUCACUGAAAUGUCAAAAAAAUGCGUACACAAAUAUGUUGCAUUUUAUUUUUGUUUUAUGUACCUAUCGUAUCAUCUGUGGUUUAUAAUGCUCACUAAAUCUACAAGCAUUUUGUACACAUCUCAGAUAGUCUAAUACCACCUGAGCCAAACUAAUAUGCCUGUAUUCUGAAGUUGGGGUUAACUUAGACCAUGGUCUGACUCCGUGGUAAAAUUAUGGGGAGCCGAACAUGUAAAAACUUUUGUUUACAUGGUAUGCUUCUUCUGUUUACUUUGCUCUUUACUACUUCCUUAACAGACAGUAGUUAAGAAUAAUUUGGGAGUCAAAUUGGAUGAUUCAUUUAACCCUAAUUCUCCCGGGGGGGGGGGGGGGGGGCCAUAAUGCCCCCCCCCUCGACAAUUUUCGCGAUAUAUCUGCUGCGCAAAAUUUUUUGACCUCGCCGCUCACAGACUUUUUACUUUCAAGUCUCGCGCAAAUUUUGAGACCAAAUUUGUGACGCCCGGGUACGCAGUUACGACAUUACGCAACAUUAUGUAAGUGCAUGUCAGACCCAAAAUUGCUCAUAAACUUGAUUUCAUGUACAAAUCCAAUGCAAAUUGUGUAUUUAGCCAAAAUUCAUAAAUGUAUCAUUAUUUCUACAUUUACUGAUAAAACUUAAUUAAUUUUGCCUUGUUUAUGAUCAGAAUAACGUCUGGAACGAUUUCCAUCG